AUGUGCACUUUUGUUAUUAUCAUGCUUGGACCUGUCCUGACAAGCGGAUGCAAGAUCAGGUCUCCCGGAUGGGAAACUGAACGGUUUGCCUGGCCAUUGCAUGUACAAGUCAACGGAUUCGGUAAGGCCCCACUACAACCGGCUUCAUCUUCAUCAGCUCAUGCCGUACAGUUUUCAUCAUCCUCGACUUCGCGAGACGGUUUUGCGCCACCGAGUAGUUCUCUCGGGUCUGUGAAAGCAAUGGUAUCUCCACCUCCCGUUUCAUCGCCCAGCUUUUCAGCCAGACCCCCUCUACCGCCAGUGAAUACUCCUGGAGUUUCGGGAACAACAUCGGGUCCUCUGGUGCAUUCCACUGCUUCCUCACGGCGCGAAGUCGAAGUAACUCGAAGAAAAACCGUCGUGGACAAGAUAAAUAAAGGAAGAGAGCACAAUGCUUUCACGUUCUUUGUCUCCGGGUUUGAGUCUCAAACUCCUACGCAACUGGCCAUGGCUGCGCGGCGAUUGAAAUCCGUAGCUGAGGAGAAAAUGCCCCGUCACAUGCUGACAAGAGUCUAUGGUGAAGAAGAAGGAAAAGUUGUAAAGAAGCGUUCGGUAGUACAGCAACAUCUACCGCGUCCAAGACCGAUGGCUUCCAAUCAGGAGUAUGACGACAGCACGGAUUUAUCCGAUGUCGAGGUCAAGGAAAAAGUUGAAACAAUUACCGUGAAAUAUGGACAACUGAAGGCUUCCGUUAGUUACAAGAUGGCAGAAAAUUCCGUGCAAAUGGAGAACAUCGCUCGACAAGUGGAAGACCUGGAUGGAUUUUUGUGUGUUGAUGGCCAAGUACCAUCGUGUUCGAAGGAAGUAGAUACGCAGUCAUGCGCAAGAGUCCGUCCAUUAGAUGUCCGCUAUGUUCUUACACGAAGGACACGCUACACACAUCAGUUUCGAGCUCCUAUCGCUGCUGACGGCUUGAACCAAUCCCGCCUGUUCAGCACCAGUGCUCCUAUCACGCUAAAUAUGGCACAGGUAACAUGUGCUCCGAUGCGCUAUGCUGAAGCUUUUGCUCGAAUGAUGUCGAUGAAUCCAGCAUUUGCGAUCCGAUCGAGAAUUGAUGUACCUGUGUGGUUGAAUAGGGAAGCGAUUGGAGUGGAACGGCGAAGAUGUGCUCCUGUUCAUUUUGACGAGCCCGAUGAGACAGAGCGAGGUCAAUCCGUCUCGAAGUCCAAAAGAAUGCGAUUGAGCACUAGAAGUUCUGUUUCGUCCUCCGGUACGUCAUCUAUCGAGGACAGUGAGGAGGAGCGAAAGGAUAAGUCUUACACAGUCGGAGGAUUCAGCGAGAAAAGAAGGCAUGAGAUUCGAAGAGCAAGAAACAAGAAGAAGCAACGAAGAAGGGUUCGUCGUCUCAUGGGAGUGGAAUCGGAUUCGGACUCAGAUUCAAGUAUAGAUUCGUAUUUCAAAGUCAAAAUGGAAAUGCCUAAAUACUCUGAUAUCGAAGUGCCAAGAUGGCGGAAGUUGGCGCCCGAAGAACUCAUCGAUAUUACGCGGCAUAAGGAACCAUGUGACCGUUGCAGUACUACUCGUCUGGAGACACUGGUUGCGAGGAAGCAUCUGCGGCUAGCAAAGGAAGAGCGACUGUAUUUUGAGGGAAAGCGGCGUGAGAUGCCAUCGGUGGAUUCCGAUGCCGAUUCCCAAGCUGAGGGGGCGGACCUGAAUCCGUUGAUCUAUUGCACUUUGACCGAAUCUGAACGAGCCCUGUACGACCGCUCACCUCACGUUCCUAGCGGACGCGAAUUCUUGCAAAGACCACGAUGAACAACUACGAUGGAAUUUGAGGAAGAGCGUGUCCACUGCGAUGGCAUAGC